GCGAUUAGUUAAUUAUUCAGAUUAUUUAAGAAUGUUGUUUUUCAUAUUAUUUUAUUUGUUUUGUAUAGCCAAAACAGAGAUUUUUUCGUCAAUCGCAACACUUAAAAUGCUAAUUGGAGCCGAAAGAGAUAUUCCAGUAAUGAUUCACAAUUAUAUAGAAAAGGAGAUGGAAAGGCUUAAUUACCUUAAAAAAUUUGCUGAAGAAGUUCAAAUGCGCAGUGAAAACGCAGUCGCCGAUGGUGAGGAUCACAUCACCCAUCCCGUUAAUGCAUUUUUACUUAUAAAAGGAAUGACUUCCGAUUGGCUUAAAGUUGUUGGACUAAUGAGAUCGAAUUCUGCGGACGAUUUCAUUCGAAAUGUAUCAUAUCAGCGCAUUUUGCAGAAGAUUAAUUACCCUACUCAGGAAGACCUUGCUGGAGCAGCUAUUGGUCUGCUUCGUCUUCAGGAUACAUAUCGCUUAAGCACUAAAGAUAUCGCGAAUGGCAAAAUUUUGAACUCGAAAAUACGUAGCUCUGCACUCUCCGCCAAUGAUUGCUUCGAGAUAGGACGAGCUGCUUAUAACGACUACGAUUAUUAUCAUACUAUAAUGUGGAUGCAGGAAGCCAAGGAUCGUUUAGAAAAAGAGGUGAGACCAACGGCGAGUCUGGAGGAUAUUCUCGAAUAUCUUGCAUUCGCAAUUUACAAGCAAGGAAAUCUUAAAAGAGCUCUUCUUUUAACUGAUGAACUCUAUAAACUAAAUCCAAAUCAUCCAAGAGCGAAGGGUAAUGUCAAGUGGUAUGAAGAUCUUCUUGAAGAAGAUGGCGUUCGUCGUACAGAAAUGAGAAGAAAUAUUCCACCGUUAGUUAAUAUGAGGCAUGAUGGAGGUUUGGAGCAUUCGGAACGUGAUAUUUACGAAGCACUUUGUCGCAACGAAAUUCCAACGAGUAUCAAGGCUCAAUCUCGCUUAUACUGUUAUUACAAAAUGGAUCGUCCUUAUCUUCGUUUAGCACCAAUCAAAGUACAAAUCAUGCGCCAAAAUCCUCUUGCAGUCCUUUUUGUUGACAUAAUGUCGGAUGAAGAAGCUCGUGUCAUUGAGCAACUUGCUGUUCCCAAGCUGAAUCGGGCAACAGUACAGAAUGCCGCAACGGGAAAUUUAGAAUAUGCUUCCUAUAGAAUUAGUAAAAGUGCUUGGCUGAAAGGACAUGACCAUGAAGUUAUCGAUCGUUUCAAUAAACGUUUGGAUAUGGCUACCAAUCUAGAAAUGGAAACUGCCGAAGAACUUCAGAUUCAAAACUACGGCGUUGGAGGCCAUUACGAUCCUCACUUCGAUUGUGCUCGAUCGCUAGUGUAUGAAAAGGAGGAAAAGAACGCAUUUAAGGAUCUCGGCACUGGCAAUCGUAUUGCUACUAUACUUGUUUAUGUGAGUUUUUUUUUCCUUCCGUAA